CGAAAGAAUCCUCAUACUUCAUAGAUAAUAGCGGAGCGACAGUCGCGAUUGGAGUCGAAGAUGUCCGACACACAUAUGGAGACCGUGGUGCUGUUCGAUUACAACAGCACCGAGUUUGGAUCUGGAGAGAUCCCAAUUUCGGAUGAAAUCUAUGAAGAGCCUUGUAACACAGCUCUUAGCGAUGAUGUCAAGAAGAUCUUCCUACCCACCAUUUAUGGAAUAAUCUUCAUCCUGGGGAUUGUUGGAAAUGGACUUGUGAUCUUGGUCAUGGGCUACCAGAAGAAGUCGAGGACUAUGACUGACAAAUACAGGCUGCACCUCUCCAUAGCAGACCUGCUCUUUGUCCUCACCUUGCCUUUCUGGGCUGUGGAUGCAGCCAGCAGCUGGCAUUUCGGGAGAUUCCUCUGUGUGGGGGUGCACAUGAUCUACACGGUCAACCUCUACAGCAGCGUACUCAUUCUGGCCUUCAUCAGCCUGGACCGGUACCUGGCCGUGGUGCACGCCACCAACAGCCAGGCUCCCAGGAAGCUCCUGGCCGAGAAGGUCAUCUACCUGGGCGUUUGGCUGCCCGCUGCCCUCCUGACCGUCCCCGACUUGGUGUUCGCCAAGGUGUACAACACCGGCUCUCGCAUAACCUGCCAGCGCACCUACCCAGCUGACACCCGCCUGAUCUGGGCGGCCGUGUUCUACUUCCAGCACAUCCUCGUGGGUUUCGUGCUGCCGGGACUCAUCAUCCUCACUUGCUACUGCAUCAUCAUCUGCAAGCUGUCCCAAGGCUCCAAGGUCCAGCAGAAGCGCAAGGCUCUGAAAACCACCAUCAUUCUCAUCCUGUGCUUCUUCGGCUGCUGGCUGCCCUACUGCGUGGGCAUCUUCGUGCACACCCUGGACACUCUGGGAGUCAUCCCCAGCAGCUGCUCCCUGGUCCAGAGCAUCGAAAAGUGGAUCUUUUUCACCGAGGCGCUCGCCUUCUUCCACUGCUGCCUCAACCCCAUCCUCUACGCCUUUCUGGGAGUUAAGUUCAAGAAGUCCGCCCGCAGCGCCUUCAGCACCAGCCGGGGGUCCAGCCGAAAGAUGCUGCCCAAAAAGCGGGGCGUCAUCUCCUCUGUCUCCACGGAAUCCGAGUCCUCGAGCUUUCACUCCAGCUAACGCAAAGUCGGCGCUCAUAUCUAGCCAGAGCUAUGAUGGACAAGAAAUUUUGCCCAAAAAGGACUACCUGUAUGUACAUAGUUAUAGUUUGAAUAUUUUUUACCCCUUUCUAAUUUAAAUAAUGGCUUCAAAUGUAUAAAAGCUGAGAUGGGACAUUCAGGUGGAGUCUAUUAGCCAUCUGUCUUAUAAAUGUUGACAUGCUGAGGUCAGUAUUGAGAAGAUCUGGUAAGGGUUGCAGCCUCAUACUGAUCAUUUUGUACUUGAUCUUUGUACAGUGUAUAUAGUUGCUGGAUUGCUACUCUUUCGAAUGUAUGUCAGCAUUUGCAUGUGUGUUCGUGUGUGUUCACCAGAUGGCCGUUAUUUAUUUAUGUCGUCGUUCACCUUGGUUGUUUUCUCUGAAUGUCGUUUUCGGGAGUGUCGAGAGCGUCAACAUCCAUUUCACACGGAUGCUUGUGCUGUUUGAAGUAUUAAUAAUAAAAUCUCUGAAUGAUGUGUACAA